CUAGGCAUGCAGACUGCUUCUACAAACAUUUGUGAAGAAUGGGUCGUUCUCAGGAGCUCAGUGAAUUCAAGCGUGGUACCAUGAUAGGUUUCCCCCUGUGCAACAAGUCCAUCCGUGAAAUUUCCUUGCUACUAAAUAUUCCACGGUCAACUGUUAGUGGUAUUAUAACAAAGUGCAACUGGGAACAACCGGAAACAACAGAAACUCAGCCCGCCACUGGACUCUAGAGCAGCAAAGACGUGAUCUCUGAAGUGAUCAAUCACGCUUCUCUGUCUGACAAUGUGAUGGACGUGUCUGGGUUUGGCAGUUGCCAGGAGAACAGUACUUACCUGUCUGCAUUGUGCCAAGUAAAA